ACUGAAUGCGGACUAACAAAAGCUUCUCGGUCUAAGUACUUACUAUCAAGUUGUCUACCAUAGUGACGGAUGGUAAGAGCGCCUGAGGGUGUAUCACGCGUGAGGCGAUCGGGUCGCGCGCGAACGAAAUAAUAAUAAUAAUAAUACAAAACACAGCACUAAACGACCUUUCUUCAAAAAUCAAAAUGCCGGUUCUUCGUGCUGGAAUUUUGCAGCAAGCGAAGUUGGAUGGGACACGCAUAAACCUCUGGAUGUCCGCGGGUUACUGUGGCGUCGUCACCUACUGUGCGUACAGAAUCUUGGAAAGGCGAAACGAAAGAUUAAGGCUUCCCCUAAUCCAUACUCCGAGAAGUUAUCCUAGGAAACUUUCCUUAAUAAAUUUUUGAGAAUCCUUAAUAAAUUUUUGUGGCAGGGUCUAAGCAGGUUACUUUGGAUCUAAGGAAAGAGGCUUUUCAAGGGAAAUAGGCUUUGAAGGCAUUGCUCAAGGGAAAGAGGAGUCUAGGAUGCACCUCGAGAUGUUGGAUGAAGGGCGGGAGCUCUAAAGAGGGAGCUGGACAGACUGGAUCAAUUAGCGAUGGCUCGUGUGCAGUUAGAAUCUCCGCAAUUCAAGUGCUAUUUCGCAGCCCUUCAAUAUCGGGAUUGGCGCUGUUUUGAUCUACAGUUGUAUAAAACCCUCCAUCCAGAACUUCCUGAGGGCAUCCGAUACGAAAACGACUCGAGGAUCCACAAGCUGUGGCGAGAGGCUCUGGAUUAAGGCUGACGGGUUGAAUGAUGAACUUGAUUCAUUCAGGUCUCCUUAGGUAGUUUAGCUGCAACUAUAACACGGAGCGAUCUCGAGCACAUGCCAUCUAGGUACACGACCACUAGAUGAAUGGUUCCGGUAUUAUUUGGUAACCUGAAUUUGAUCACAAGGAUUCUCUGCUUUUUGUCAAAAUCAGGUUACCAAAUUAUACCAGAACCAUUCACAUUCACUAGAAGAUCCAUUCUCCUUCAACUACUAGAGAGGAAACGGCAUCUGGGUACAGGACUAGAAGAUCCUUUUUUUCAGCGUUGUUGUUGAAGAGAUCAACGUCUAGAGAGGAAAGUGUGCAUUGUGACAAUCUCGUCUAACUGGAGCGUCGAAAAAAUAAGCGCAAAGGGAAUUCUGAUAUCGACACGCAGCUAGACUGCUCAGACGAAGGGCUUAGCGAAGAUUUGAUGAACGUCAACUACAAGGCAGAAGCAAAGUUGACCAAUAAGAUGCUGGAGGCUUGGGAGUUGGCGGUUAUGAAAUUCGAUUACAGAGAAAUUCAAAUUUAGAAGGAAUACAAUUAUGUAGGUUCUGAGUCGACAUUUCUAAAUUUGUUGAUGAGAAAUUCAUCAAAUAUUUACAAGGGGAGUACACCGUCGAAGAAGCUAGCUUAUCUCAUUUUAGUAUCGAAGAAGCACAUAAGGAAGAUGAUAGUAGUGGAGAUGAAGAUUUCUAGAUAGAGAAGGGAGUGGUGGCAGAGAAGACUCUAUAAGAGAAAAAGAAGAAAAAUGAGGAGAGUAAUACAAGUCAGCACGAGUCUCGAUUAAGUUUCUCUUCUAACUACAGCGAUCUGUAUGACGUUACGAAAGACUGGCUUAGGCGAUGGUGGGAGUCGGGUUUGUUGACGUGGCCACCACCACCUGAGGACGAUGAGGAUUUGGAUGCAUUUAUAUUAAGGCUUCUCUGUUCGACCUCGUCUUUCUAAACUACACUUACACAAUCAAAGUAAAUUUUUGAAGUAGAAAUAGAAAGGACCACAUUGAUGUUGCAGUUCUUCAUGAGGGCUUACUAUCUUCAUGUCUAACCACAUCAACGUCAACAACGACUCGUCUAAUCCUAGCAACCCUCUCGCCUGAGUAUCAUGUUUAACUACUACAUCAACGUCAACAACGACUCGUCUAAUUCUAGCAACCCUCCCACCUGAGGAACAGAAGCAAGCACACGCGGAGAAGCGCCAUCUUAGCGUCCAAAAAGAGAGACAAGAGGUCCUUCAUUGCCGCAACCUCGAUACAAUUAUCAAUCGCUGUGCGGGUGAGCUCUACUCUAUUUAUGAGAGAAGAUAUUAGCAGUGAAGACGAGGGAAUGAUGAUGUUUUAUAAAUAUCAUUCUUCAUCUUCUUGAUCUUCUGGAGGUCGACCUCCGCAAUGUGAAUGUCAGUCGCAUGAUGUUGUGGAAACAUGUAAUAAUAAGAUGGAUGUGGAAGAUGAAAUAGAAAUAAGGAUGAUCGUGAUCAUCCCCACCCAUCAAUCUUCUAAUCCCGGAUCCCGCCAGACACGCCUUGCCUGCGACCACUACCUUCGCACUUUCAACCGACGAAGGACGUCGUUAAGAAUGUAGUCGGCGGGACAGUGCAAUCCGAUACUGAACUAAGAAGUUCCUCGCACGCUCCCUAUCUGGCCUCAGGCAGAUUUAGAUGAUCCCUUCUACCUUGGCUCAUACAGUAGAGCAAAUGAAUGAUCUUCAGUCACGAUCAUGAGGUGUCAGUUGCAGCACCUUCCAGCACCUUCGUAGUCGUGGAGUGAGUGCUGGUUUGUGGCUGUGAGGCCUUCGUGAAGGUUGUACUGACACCCGGGGGAUAGCAGCACACCUAGGAGACCAUGCUGAGGGCGCCGACGCCGAGUCCGCCAUUGAAUCCAGCCUUUGCACGUGUCGGCGACGCGCUUUUCGGUGAAGCACUAGACACGGAAGACAACACGUGAUUCAGAAGCAGCUGAUUAUCGCCGCGUCCGGAAAAUUCAAACAAUGAGCUAGAGAAGUUGAGACAAUCUGGACAACAAGGCUACUAAAGUAAAAGUUUGAAAGAUCGGAGUGUUGAUGAUACGGGAAAUGAUAAGCACAACAAGGUGUUAUGGACGUCGCAAUAGAAAUCGUACGCCUUCUCCCGAAGGAAAGUCGACUUAAUAGGGAGGCAAAGGGAAAGGUGUUGGGGUUGGCGCGCCCUUGAACAAAGAAAAUCCAAGAAGAUCCUAGUCUUAUUCAUGGUCAAGAAGAGCAAGACAGACAUUCAUUGAUGAC